CCUUAAUUAUCCUCCUUCGUCCACAACUACUUCAAAUUCUCAUCAUUUUAACCGUCAUUUAAAUUAACCUUCCAUAUUCUGAAAUUUUUUGUACUAAUUGUGAAAAUUUAGUUUUCAGAAACUGAAGAAUUACUUAACCUAUUAGAGUUAAAAAAAAAAAAAAAAGGAAAUGAAAAAAGAAGUAUGCUCAUCGGAAACAGUUAACGGUGGUGAGGAUGUGUUUAGUUGCGAGAAAUCCGAUGCUUUAUCUACUGAUCAUCUUGUUAUAAUGGUUCACGGUAUUCUUGGAAGCGCCACAGAUUGGAAAUUUGGUGCUGAGCUGUUUGUUCGGAGCCUUCCUGACAAAGUUUUUGUUCAUUGUAGUGAAUGUAAUAUCGCAAAAACAUUGGAUGGUGUGGAUGUAAUGGGUGAGAGAUUGGCUGAGGAGGUUCUUGAAGUGAUCAAGAGAAAGCCAGGUCUGGAGAAAAUUUCUUUUGUAUCACACUCUGUUGGAGGGUUGGUGGCAAGAUAUGCCAUUGGAAGAUUAUAUAGACCUCCUAGAGUGGAGAAUAUUGAGGAUUUAUCAGCCAAUGCAUGUGUAGAAGGGUUGAAGGGUUGCACAAUAGCUGGUUUGGAACCAAUAAAUUUUGUCACUGUUGCCACACCUCAUCUUGGUUCUAGGGGUAACAAGCAGGUGCCAUUUCUUUUUGGUGUAGCUGCCUUAGAGAAAGCUGCUUUUCAUGUAAUUCAUUUGAUAUUCAAAAGAACAGGGCGACACCUUUUUCUUUGUGAUAAUGAUGAAGGGAAGCCUCCAUUACUUAAACGCAUGGUGGAAGAUGAUGGUGAACUACGCUUCAUGUCUGCAUUACGUUCAUUCAAGCGCCGGGUUGCAUAUUCAAAUGUUGGCUAUGACCAUAUUGUUGGUUGGAGAACAUCAUCUAUUAGACGUAAUAAUGAACUCCCCAAGUGGGAAGAUUCCUUGAAUGAAAAGUAUCCUCACAUUGUCUACGAAGAACAUUGCAAGGCAUGUGAUGGUGAGAAGGGUGAGUCUGUUGUGAAGGAAGAUGAUUCUUUGGACAAGGUGGAAGAAGAAUUGGUGACUGGUUUAACUAGAGUGUCAUGGGAUAAAGUGGACGUUAGCUUUCACAGGAGCAGGCGUAGAUUUGCUGCUCACAGUGUUAUUCAGGUGAAGGAUCCGUAUAUGGAUGCCGAAGGUGCUGAUGUUAUACAACAUAUGAUUGAUAAUUUUAUUGUAUAGAAGCCAAAUCAAAUCUGUAAUUUUCAAGGAACCCAUAGAACUCAAUUUCUGGAUCUGCCUCUGGUUGCAACUUGCAGGUCAGGUUAUCUCGGUCUCGUAUUACCACUUCUAUGAACUGUAAAACAAUAAGCCAUGAGGAGGAACUUUGUUAACUCAUUGUGCCCUGGCAUACAUGAAUACAGUUCCAUUCAUCAAUGAUAUGUAGUAUUAUUUCCUUUUGAAAGAAUUUCCACAUUUGUGUACUGACGAUGACGAGGAAAGUUCAAGAAGAAAGUGAAUUUAGAAUCUGCGACGGAAUUAUGGUUGUACAAGGAUGAAAGAAAGGUCGGGGGAAAUUACUCGGGAUAUAAUCUAGUUAAAGGCAAACCUCUAUCAUGACUUUUGAGAAAGCUGUUGGAUAUUCCCAUAUUGUAUACGAUGCAACUUGUAAGCAAUGAGUUUUGUGGCAGACCAAUAUUGCCACCAAUGAGUCAUGAGUGAAACGUAUGAGAGGGUUUUUCAUAUUUGGUUAGAUUUACAUGCGACUUACGACUUAUGUUUAUAAGCCAUAAGUUAUAAGCCAUCCAGACAAACUCUUUAAUUUUUCAUAUUUGGUUAGAUUUACAUGCGACUUACGACU